AUGGGGCGGCGGCGGCGCCGACCCCCGGAGCUGUACCGGGCGCCAUUCCCGCUGUACGCGCUGCAGAUCGAGCCCGAGGCCGGAUUCCUCAUCACCGCCGGUGGGGGCGGCGCCGCCAAGACCGGCAUCAAGAAUGGAGUGCACUUCCUGCAGUUGGAAAAGAUCGGCGGCGGGCUGAGUGCCUCCCUGCUGCACUCCCAUGACACGGACACCCGGGCCACCAUGAACAUGGCACUGGCGGGGGACGUUCUGGCUGCGGGGCAGGAUGCCAGCUGCCACCUCCUGCGCUUCCGAUCCCAGCCGAGGCGAGAGGGCGGCCGCAAACCGGACGACAGAGGUUCCGGGGAGCGGGGCCCCCGACAGCGGAAAAAGCAGGCGGCGACGGAGCCAGCGGAGAGUGAGCCGGCCGCGCCGGAGGCCGGGGCAGAGACGCGGCAGGAUGGGGUGGAGCUGAGUGUGGAGACCCUCCGGACCGUGCAGACGGACUUCAGUCCGGACCCCCUGCAGAAGACGGUGCGCUUCAACCACGAUCGCUCCCUGCUCGCUACCGGCGGCUCCGACGGCUACGUGCGCGUCUGGCAGGUGCCCACCCUGGAGAAAGUUCUGGAGUUCGAAGCUCACAAGGGGGAGAUCGAAGACCUGACCCUGGGCCCUGACGACAAGUUGGUGACCGUGGGCCGGGACCUCCGGGGCUGUGUGUGGCAGAAGGACCAGCUGAUGACCGGGCUGUGCUGGAACGAGAACCUGCCCACCCUGCAUGACACCCCUUAUCGCUACCAGGCCUGCAGGUUCGGGUGGGUGCCGGACCAGCCCGCCGGGCUCCGGCUCUUCACGGUCCAGAUCCCCCACAAGCGGCUCCGCCGGCCGCCGCCCUGCUACCUCACGGCCUGGGACGGCCGCAGCUUCCUGCCGCUGCGCACCGAGCCCUGUGGCCACGAGGUCGUCUCCUGUCUGAACGUGAGUGAGUCGGGCACCUUCCUCGGCCUGGGCACCGUCACUGGGUCUGUUGCCAUCUACAUCGCCUUCUCCCUCCAGCGCCUCUACUAUAUCCGGGAGUCCCACGGUAUCGUCGUGACGGAUGUGGCCUUCGUGCCGGAGCGGGGCCGGGGCCGGGAGCUCCUGGGGGCUCACGAGGCAGCGUUGCUGUCUGUGGCCGUGGACAGCCGCUGCCAGCUGCACCUGCUGCCCACCCGCCGAAGCGUCCCUGUGUGGCUGCUGCUGCUGCUCUGUGCCGGGCUCGUCAUCGGGGCCAUCCUGCUGCUCCAGAGCGCAUUCCCGGGCUUCCUCUAGCAGCGCCUCAGGAAUAGGGACAGUGCACCCCUGACGCGACCAAAGCAGAGCCCCGCGGACCCGGCCUCCGGCCACUGGCUCUCGCUCCGUCCUCCGCGCUCCGUGUUGCUUUCUGCAAGCGGCUGAGGCAGCUCCGAGGCCCGGAGCCUCCCGCCCGCCCGGCCGGCCUACUGGCGCUCAAACAGCCCCUGCCCUGUGACAAUGUGAAGAUGACUGGAGCCCAGAGGCUGCGGCCCCCAGCCCUGUGGCAGGGAGAGACUGGAGGGGUGGGCGGGGAGGGGGAGGACAGUGGUUCAACUGCCUCCUGUGGCUCAGUGUAGGGGCAGGGGGCCUUCCCCCUAACCCCCAGCUGCUCACUGGGCAGUGAGAUUAAACCAGCAUGAUGCCCCCAGUCCUGUGCUCUGUCCUCACUGUAGCCUGUACAGGUGCGGAUAAGGAGGAGGAGGUGGUGGCAAGGAAGCCGGGCCACUGCACAAACCCAGCUCAGCCGCCCCCCACCCUGCAAGGGACCCCGAAGGGACACAAGCCGCAGCCGGGCUAAGAGGAGUUGAGUUUUAAUUGAGCAGUCCGCACCCCGUGGCCCUCCCUGACCUCAGAGGGUGGCAGUGCGGGGAAGACUGAGCUCCUG